AUGCUUGAGGGCAUGUCCGAUCGAAUACCUACGGUCUACGCCAGAGUAAAGAAAGGGGGCGGCGAUGAGUGCAAGAUAGAGAGGCAGAAUAAUGGAAAAGUGAGAGAAAGGGAGGAGGAGCAGCGAAGACGGGUCUUUUAUGUCGGCGGCAUUGAAGGUCCGCCGUUUACACUGAAAAUCACCGGUCAAGGUAACCAAGUUCCAUCAUUCCAAGCCACGUGUGGUCUUCAAGACGCCAUUGUGGGUAAGUCAAAAGUUUGGGACAGUCUCCUCGUUCAGGGACCAUAUGAAGAAUGUGAAGACGCCGCAGGUCUCGAUGUCGACGUCCGAGGAGUCUACAAUUGGCUCCCUGAAUGUGGAACAGCGCUGGGAUCUUUGUACCGCAGGGAAGAUACCACCGCCAAUAGGCCUCCAGUAUUCCUUUUCCUGGACCCGGCUAAGAUUGGACCACUUGACGAAGAUGCCUGUGUGUUUGCAUUUGAACACAACCGUCGAACAGGAUAUGAUGCAAGAAUGACCAUCGCUGAGUUAUCCCCAACCUGGAGAGCAUGGGAUUUCGUCCUCUGUGACGGUGAACACAUCACCCUCGACACCUUGCAGCCCGGAACCCAAGUGUCGAUUGGAAAGCAUGGCUGCCAUAAUGCUUCUGUGACCCUCGCUUCGCUGUCAACCUCUACAGCCACCAUCAGUCUACCUGACGUAACUACCUAUUGGCAAUCAUGGGAUCCGGAAGCCUCUGCGAGAGAAUUAAAGAGCCUCGCUUGGUUGUUCCCAAAAAUCUCUGCAUGGUCCGAGUUCGAAAACUGGAGCGAAAUCCUCUGCCCAGGCUCCUCGGACCACUGCCAUGACCUUCAUGAUAACUGCGAUAUUUGCAAUCCUCCAGGACCUACCAUGAUUUGGGUCCGGGACAAGGCUAACCGGAUGAUUCCCUAUGAGAACCCCCAGGAGGCUGCAUUGUACGAGCAUGCCAUCAAAACCCGGCCCUCGCCGUUCUUGGUGUCCAGAAGAGUCAACGAGCAUGGAGAUGCUGAGUUGCGAUUUACCCUCAAUGUUCAGGCCCUGACGCACCAGGCACAAGGGAUAUUGGUUGGUGCCGCAGGCCGUGAGGCGGUCAAAUCUCACUGGCGACUACUCCCACAUGCGUACGAUAUGAACCACCGCAAUCCGGCUAUGUUUACCUUGAUGAACAACAAGAACGAUGCGUGUGCACUACAACCUCCCAAUUUCAUGUUCAAGCUGCGGAUAGAACAACUUCGUUCGUUGAACUGGAUGGUUUCACAAGAAGCUGCCGACAUGGAACCGUUUGUGGAAGAAGAAGUCGAAGAGGCAAUCCUUCCGGUGAUGCCCUGGCGCGCUGAAGUCAAAGCAACCAUGCCAAAAGUUAUCCGCGGUGGUGUGCUAGCUGACGAGGUUGGAUAUGGAAAAACGGCCAUCGUCCUUGCACUUAUCGAUGCUCAAUGGCUGGAAGACUACAGUCGCCCCGUUGAAGGCCACGGGCUGAUCCCCACAAACGCCACAUUGAUCAUUGUCCCCAACAACAUGUUCGAUCAGUGGGUUUCCGAAUGCAAAGAAUUCCUUGGAAACAGGUACCGUGUCUUGGUGAUAUCGACAACCAUCAACAGAGUCACGAUCUGGGAUGUCCAAGAUGCCGAUAUCGUGAUUGUGCCAUGCGAUAUCCUAGGCGGCGAUGCUUAUUAUGACCGACUGCAAAGAUUUACCGGUGCACGGCAGAUUUCCCAGGAACAAAGAGGACCAUCAGGUAGAAACUUCGAAAGCUGGUUCAAUGACGCUCGUGCUUCCCUGCGAGAGUCUGUUGACAUAUUGAGAACGUCGGGCCCUGAGGCGAUGCUUCAACAAUUGGAGGCCCGCCGUCGCCGAGUGCAAGAGACACAGGCCAAGCCCACUUACGUACCUUCCCAACACCUCGGUGGCAAAGCGUUUGCCGCAGCUGUUGCUGCAGCUAAUCAUGGCCCCGGAACAAACCAUGGCUCGGGAGCAACUGAGGAUUCGGAUUCAGGGCUUGCUCCAGGAUUUGACGACUCUGACGAUCCCGACUAUUCUAAUUUGGACCCGCUGCCCCGUGCUACAGGCCAGCGGAAGCGAGGCCAGUCCAAGCCGAAGGCCGUUACCGAUGACCGCAAAGAAUUCAACAUACUGAAAGGCCACGAUCAAGACUGGCGGACUGUUAGGGGCGCAUUUUUCCAUGCCUUCAAGUUUAAUCGUGUGGUAAUUGACGAAUACACAUAUGCCAGGGGAAAAUUAGAGGCAUCCUUGUCCUCAUUGCAAGCGCGUUCUAAAUGGGUGCUUUCUGGAACGCCUGCUCUUGAUGAAUUUGCUGAUAUUAAGAGUAUUGCACUUUACCUCGGUCUCAACCUUGGUAUUGACGACGAUGGUGAUUGUGAGGGGCCGACAAAGAACCUUAGACUGCGAGACAUUCAAAGAAAGUACACUAAAGUCGAGACUUUCCAGUCUUACCAGGCCCCUCGCAGCAAUGCAUGGUACAAAAGGCGCAGGGAGCUUGCCCAAAGAUUCCUGGACCGCUAUGCGCGCCAGAAUGCGUCAGAGACACAGAAAAUUGAGUGCCAGCAGACUCUUGUCAUGAUUGAUCCGUCCUCUACUGAGAAGAAAAACUACAACCGGCUAUUUGACGCAUUGGAAAACAAGACGAAGAGUGUCUCCGGGCCGGUGAACAGCAUCUUGUCAAGGAAUCUGCCUCCCAAGGAGUCUCUUAUAAUGUGCAGUGUGAUAACCCAGGUUGGGAAACAGAGCUGGAUCCCCACACAGAAAGCGAUGAAGAAUGCCGACACUCAAGCGUUUCAGAUCAGAGCCAGAAUAGACUCGUUGAUUAGUGAAGCUGUAACAUUUUGGCAUAGGGAACCGGAAGGACCAAAAGGCAACCAUACAGCAGCAGCUUCCAAGAAAACCACGCUCAAAGGAAAGGGCAAAGCCACAGAAACCUCCCCGAAAGACGUUUCGCCGACAGGUUGCCGAGACUCUCUGAUUGCCGUGACGAAAGACGAAUUUGAGGUGGGCCUUGGCGAAGACUUCGUCAGACGUUUGAGGUUGAGCUUUGAUUCGUACGACGACAGGAAAGUUGUUGAAGAAACUGGAGCAAAGGUCGACGGACUGUAUCAGAAAGCCUUGAACACGGUCAGGGUCUGCAGCGAACGUGUCAGACCUACAAACCGUACGGGAAUCGAUGAUGCACCUGCCGUUGCAGCGUCAAUUGUUCGUCGGGAUCUAGGAACUGAAAUCAUUGGUCAGUUGAAGCAAGCGGCCAAAUCGUUGCGUCAAGAUAGAUUCAAUAAACAUAUGCUUCGGAUAUCCAGGGGAGAAAUCCCUCGAUGUGAAUAUGAAGCCUGCUCGACGUCGGAAGUGGACGCAAAUAUCAACAUUAUUGAAGUCUGUGGCCACGCUCUAUGUGGACAUUGCCUCAAGACUGCCAAGAUGACCAAGUGCUGCCCUGUUGACGGAUGCAAAGCCAAGUUUGAAGCAUCGAAGGUUAUCUGCCGUGACGAUCUAAUCAACGAGGGUACAACCAGGAGCUCCAAGCUGGACCGGCUCGUCCCAAUUAUCCAGAACAUUCCACAGAAUGAGCUUGUCAUUGUUUUCAUUCAAACAUCCACUCUGGUGCUCGUCACAUCCGAUGCCCUUCGGAAUGCUGGGAUUGAGCAUCGUAAGAUCACCCACAGGACCAGACGGAUCACUGACUUCACUGAGGGGCCCAAGCCGAAGCAAGGCUCAUCUAAAGCCCCUCCACGCCCCAAGGUUUUGCUUCUGGGACUCGGCAGCUCAAUGGCUGCUGGAUUGAACCUGCAAUGUGCCAACCAUAUCAUCUUUUUGUCGCCACUGAUUGCCUCUACCCAGAGGGAAUACGAUUCCGGCAUGACCCAGGCAAUUGGUCGUGCGCGCCGUCACGGGCAGAAACGACCGAUCCAUGUUUACCAUCUCCUCAUGAAAAACACGUAUGAUGUCAGUGUCUACCAGAGCGCCCACGGAGGCAGGCUCGUUGAGCGUGACGGUGUGCCGAAAUUGGUUCCAGAGAGCGAAGUUAGACCCGAAGACAUCAAAUACGAAGGAAAGGAGAUGCCAGUUAAAACUGGACGUUAA